UGCUUGUUUUUACCAUCCUCUCUUUAACAUUACACGAGACAUCAUAGGCCGGAAUUUCAGUGGAUAGCUUAGAAUUCGAUGACCCUUUAAUUCUGUCGCAUUAUUUGAAUUUUAUGUCGCUCAAACCUAUAGACUGGUUUUAGUAAAGAAUAUUUUUGAAAUUCCUUAACUCUUGUUAUGAGAACACACCAGUUCUAUUUGUGAUUUCGAAACCAACACACCAAGUCUCUGCCUCAAUUUAUUAAGUGAAUAAUAUUGUACUAUUUCUCUUUAAAAAAAAUCUUUAUUUGUGAAGCAACAUUAUUUCUGUUUAGUACGUGAAAAUGAAUUGUUCUACACCCCCAUGUGGAAAUUUAAGCGCAGGAGCUGCAAAUCAGUAUUUAUCGCUCCUUUUCAACUAUCUAACCAUUGCCCAAUGCUCCCUUUCGCCACCUGAAAUGUGGCCAGCAGAUUAUGGAGAUAUUGCCAUUAAAAGAGGAUUCCCAGAGUAUGAUUUUAUAAUUGUUGGAGCUGGUUCAGCUGGUUGUGUUCUUGCUGAUCGUCUUAGUGAAAAUCCAAAGUGGAAAGUCUUGGUUGUGGAAGCAGGAGGUGAUCCACCGAUUGAAGCAACUAUACCAGGAUUGUACCCCAGCAUGAUGAGAACUAGUUACGACUGGGAAUAUUAUUGUGAACCAUCUGAAAAAUAUGGUCUUUUUUCCAGAAAUGGAAUUUAUUGGCCAAGAGGAAAAAUGUUGGGUGGAUCAGGCACACACAAUGGAAUGUUAUACAUUAGAGGAAAUGAGAAGAACUACAAUGACUGGGAAGCUUUGGGCAAUCCAACAUGGGAAUUCACAAAUGUUCUCCAAUACUUUAAGAAAUCAGAAGCAAACAAGGAUCCGGAAAUUGCGGACGAUUUUGGUGGAUAUUAUCAUUCAAAGGAUGGUUUGCUUUCUGUUGAACUCUACAGGGACAAUCAAUCAAUUAAUUAUGAUUUUAUUCAAGCCGCCAAUGAGUUGGGUUUUAACUUUGUUAGAGAUGUUAAUGCAAGAGAUCACAUUGGCUUUACAUUUUCUCAAGGAACUCUCAAAUCAGGGUUAAGAGAUAGUACGGCAACAGCUUUCCUAGUUCCGGCCAAAGAUCGCCCUAAUCUUCAUGUAGUCAAGUAUGCUCACGUUACAAAACUUGAGAUUGAUAGCAAUGGCGUUGUCACUGGAAUAAGACUGAAUUUACAUGGAAAAAAGGAUAUGAUCGUACAUGCUAAGAAGGAAGUGAUCCUAAGUGGAGGAACUAUUAACUCCCCUCAGAUUCUUAUGCUAUCUGGAAUUGGACCUGCCGCUCAUCUUCAAGAAAUGGGAAUUCCCGUUAUUCAAAAUCUUCAAGUUGGAAAGAAUCUGCAGGAUCAUCCUAUUAUACCUAUAUUGGUUAAACUCAAUAAUGUGGAUACACUUCCAGAAACUCCCGCUGAUGUAUUAAAAUACUUCUAUCAGUACUUGACGGAACAUUCUGGGAUUUUGGCAUCUGUAAGCACAACCCAGACAUUAGGAUUUGUCAAUGUUGAUGACCCAUUUUCGAAAUAUCCAAACGUUCAGUAUUACCACCUUUAUUUUAACAUGGGACAAGUAAAUGAAAUUCUCGCCACGGUGAAUAUGAUGGGGUACGCAGAUAAUAUACUUGAGAUUAUAACUUCCCUUAUACAACAAUCUCACGUACUGAUGCUUAUAGGGACAGUAAUAACUCCUCAAUCAAGAGGAGAAAUUUUACUAAGAAGUUCGGAAUCAGCAGAAAAACCCCGAAUUUUUCCCAACUAUUUGUCUGAAAAAUCUGAUUUGGAAAAUUUAAUAAAAUCAAUUAGAUUAGGCUUAAAAUUAUUAGACACUCCAACAUAUAGAAAACUCGGUGGAGAACUAUUUGUAAUUCCAAUUCCAGAGUGCGAUGCUUUAGAAUUCGACAGUGAUGACUACUGGGCAUGCUAUAUAAAAUAUAUGAUUUCAACGGUGUAUCAUCCAGUAGGGACGAACAAAAUGGGUCCUGACACGGAUCCUGAUGCUGUUGUUGACUACAGACUAAGAGUUAAAGGCACAAAAGGUCUCAGGGUUGUUGAUGCGAGCAUCAUGCCAGUGAUUACAAGUGGAAAUACAAAUGCUCCAACAAUUAUGAUUGCAGAAAAAGGUGCUGAUUUUAUUAAAGAGGAUUGGGUCUAUACUCUAUAAAUAAUUUCCUUUCAAAAUAAAAUUAAAUGAUGCUUAAGAAUGUAAGCAAUGUUAUGAUUUCAUUAAAAAACAUUAAGGUAAAUUAUUAAUAUGUGAAAUUAAACAGAAUUAUUAAAGAGCUAA